AUGCUGGGUCUUGAUUACUGCGAUUAUCUCCAACCGUUCGACGAAUUCUCAACCCAGUACCUAAACUCCACCAAACACCUCUGCUUACGGGUUUUGACUGCAAUUCGGGACAGCGAAGAUAAGACUCCCAAAGAGCUGGCCGAGAUUGCGGAAUACAAACAAGCAAAAAAUCGUGUAUACCAGGGACAAUACCAGAAAGCUUUGCGACAAAACCCGACUCCAGAAUUCCGGGCGAGAAAUAAUAGGAACAACCUCAAGCAGAAAGAGCCGACACGAGCAAGACGGAAAGCAGCAGUGGCCGCCAAGCUCUACCGACGACGAUCGGCCUUCCGCAACCUCAACGGGAAGGUAGACUUUGCCGUGUGGUACGAGGGGGACAGGAAUGGCAUGGGGACCAAUCUCAUUGCCGUGGAGGCAAAGCGGCGUGGGGAUGCCAAAAAAGGCAUACCCCAGUGCCUUUCCGAAAUGCCCUGUACGGGCAAGGACUUGUCCACCUUCUUAUUACCGGACAAUCAACAAGUUGUUGUCUUUGCGUCUCGGAUCAAGGAUGCGGAAUGGCUUGAGAGUUGA